AUGGCGAAGACGGCGAUCGCGUCCGAGCCGCUGGUGGGUUCACUAGUUCCCUACAAGAAACGCGACUACAGAGUCACCAACAAGCUUCAAGAAGGCGACUGUGUAUCAAUGUCUUAUGUUGACGAAGAUAAGGACGAGUCAUUUUACACUGUAAGCUGGGCUUGCAAUGUUGAUGGAACUCUCAUUCUAGUGGCCGGAGGCAUCAAUGGUAUAAUCCGUGUCAUUGAUGUCAGCAAUGAGAAGCUUCACAAGAGUUUUGUUGGCCAUGGAGACUCAAUAAAUGAAAUCAGGACUCAGCCACUAAAGCCAUCUCUUGUGGUGUCUGCUAGCAAGGAUGAAUCGGUUCGUCUUUGGAAUGUGCAUACUGGAAUAUGCAUUUUGAUAUUUGCUGGAGCUGGGGGUCACCGUAAUGAAGUUCUGAGUGUGGACUUCCAUCCUUCAGACAUAUAUCGCAUUGCAAGUUGUGGCAUGGACAACACUGUUAAGAUUUGGUCAAUGAAAGAGUUCUGGACAUAUGUAGAGAAAUCCUUCACAUGGACAGAUCUUCCUUCAAAAUUUCCCACAAAAUAUGUUCAGUUUCCUGUCUUCAUAGCUUCAGUUCAUUCAAACUAUGUUGACUGUAACCGAUGGCUUGGUGAUUUUGUUCUGUCAAAGAGUGUUGACAAUGAAAUUGUGUUGUGGGAACCAAAAAUGAAGGAACAGUCUCCUGGAGAGGGAACGGCUGACAUCCUUCAAAAAUACCCUGUUCCUGAGUGUGAUAUCUGGUUCAUCAAGUUUUCCUGUGACUUCCACUACAAUGCAGCUGCAAUAGGGAAUAGGGAAGGGAAGAUUUAUGUAUGGGAGCUGCAAAGUAGCCCCCCUGUUCUCAUUGCAAGGUUAUCGCAUGCUCAGUCGAAAUCUCCAAUUAGACAGACUGCCAUGUCCUUCGACGGAAGCACCAUACUAAGCUGUUGCGAGGAUGGAGCAAUAUGGCGGUGGGAUGCUGUAUCAACUUCCUAAAUAUAUUCAAGUGGGUCUAUUGGAAGACCUUUAUUGAUGCUCAUUUUGUUGUUUCAUUAGAGGCUGACAUGGUUAAUUGUUAAAUUAUGUAGGACAUAAAUUAAGAGAUGACCAAUUCCAUGAACCCUCAGUCAAAGCCUGACAAAAUGUGUUGGAGUAGACCUACAGGUCGGCGAAGAUGCUUAAUUUAUGAUAUUUGCAUAUUACA